AUGCCUCUCCGGCACGGGGUGCCUGGAGCGUCUGCAGGUUUCGUCGGCGAGCAGGGGUCCGAAGCAGAAAUCCUCUCCUCCAGCGGCGCCCGCUUCCGGUCGACAGCAGGCGCCUCUGCUUUCACUAUGGCCGUGGCGGCCUGCGCCGGCUCCGUGCCGUCCGCAUCUUCUUCGGUUGUCAGCCCGCUGGGUGUGCCAGGCGGGCCGCCAAAGGGCCCCGGCCCCUUCUUCUCGCUCUCUGUCUCCUCGACGGCCUCGCAGGACAGUUCGCCGUCUGCGGCGUCUGCCAUAGGCAGCUUCUUCCCUGCGCAGUCGGCCGGUAUGUCUUCUUCUUCAAACGUGUUCGCCGCGGCGGAUUCCCCGUCCUCUAUGCUAGAUGUCAGUGCACAAAACUCGCUCCCACAGGGUCUUCGAACUACCGGAGGGCAAGCUGCUCCGAGCGCGCCCUCGAGUCUCCCUCAGCAAAUCGCUUCCGCGACGCCGGGCGCUCCAACGAAUCAGGACAGCGUCGCGGGCCUCCCACUUGGUUCGCCGCUCCAGGAGAACGCAGCACAGGCGGGCGGUCUAGCGUGUCCACCGCACCCGACGGGGGGGUCAAGCGGCCCGCCGCUGCCACUGGCGCCGCCCCCCUCGUGCUUUCCAGGCGUCUUUCCGACGUUCAACUCUGGUGGCGCGGGCGGCAUGCCUUUCCGCGGUCCACAACAAAUGUCUUCUCCGUUUCCCGUGGAUCUGAAUAUUGGAGGAUCUCAGCCUGGCACCACGCCGCGCGCCUCGCAUGACGGGAGCUUUCUCCCGCAGGUGUCGGGGAUCGGUGGGGUCGGCGGCGGCGCUCCCGGGUUUCCCGGCCUGUCGAACUUCGCGGGGGUAGAUGCGGCGCGGGCCGCUCUUUUCUUCGCUCACAACUCGUCUUGUCCGCCUGCAGCGCUUCCGUCGCAGAGCGGAGCGAUUCCUUCGCAGCCCUCGGCUGGUAUCCCGGGAGGGACAGGCCCGUCUUCCAUCGGUUCCAACCCCACCAGUGGUCCGCCCGGAGCUCCCGCGGGGGCCCGACUUCCCGCCGGUGGCGGUGUAGGCGAAGGGGCGACAGGCAACGGGCCCCAGGGCCCCGGAAACUUUUUGUUGUCGUCGUCGGGAUGUGGUGCGCCACAGACCGCGUCUGUUGUGUCGCUCUUUGGAGGCGGGGGCGGAAACGGGUACGUGCCGGGCGCGACGGGUAGGGGGGCUCCCCCUGCCUCCGAGCCCCCGCAGCAGACAGCCCACUUCCCUGCAAGUGCCCCCUGUCAGGCUGUCGGCGGAGCGUCCGGCUUCUCGAUGCCCUCCCCGAGCAACUGCUACGGCCUUCCGUAUCUCUUCGGGUCGAGUGUCCCCUCGCCCGCCGCAGGGUGCCCCUCGGGGCCUUGGCCGUCGUCUUCGCUGUCGCUUAGCACCGGCUCGCUUCUCAUGCCCUCGAAUGUACAGACGCCGGACGGCUUCUCGAUGCCCCUGACCAACGUGACAACCGGGCCGCAGGCCCAGCCCUCGCCGCCUCCGAAUCUGGGAACGAUGCCAGGGGCGCCAGCAGCGUGUCCGGAGCCGAUGCUGUCCUCUCUCGUCCCGCCCCUCAACUCGGCAGCCCGCGAUGCGCCUCAUCAGGCGACCGGCGGGCUUGCCCAGUCUCCGCCGCCGUCGCUUCACCACGCCUCCGUUCCACAGGGGACAGAAGGCAGGGCCGGUGUGCCCGGAAGCAUCCCCUGCUCGCCGAUGGGAGCCGGAGGAGGCCUCUCCGGUGUGUCCAACGUGACGGUCCCGGGCGUGACGGCGGGUGGGGCGUCCGCCGGGAGCGGCGCCAGCGAUAACGGCGCCGUCGACCCAGACAGCGCCGAGUCCAUCCCGAGCACUGCGUUGCCAAAGAAAUACAGUGGCAUCUGGUUUGAUCCGCAGCAGAAUUGCUGGCGCGCGUCGUGGGUCUGCGCGACCAGCGGGAAGCGCAAGUUUCGUUACUUUUCUGCCGCCAAGUUCGGACACCGUCAUGCGCUCCAGCUGGCCAAAGUGACGAAGGAAAGAGCCGUAGAGCGGAAGAAAAUAAGGGUGCCCUCGGCGGCCCACCAAGCGAACCGCGGCGGGGCGGGCGCGAGUGCGGCGGCUGCGAGCCUGCCGGCUGCUACUCCGCAGCCCGAUGACGCGGGACUCUUGUCGUCCAAGGGCUUGUCUCCAGAGAAAUCCGCCGCAGAUCCUUUAGGCAUCGGUCAGCAGAACGGUGGAGCGCGAACUGGGCAGCCGAAGGCGGAAGCAGGAGGGGCUGAGCCUGUCUCCAUGUCGGCGCCUCCGGCCUCGCCGAGCUGUAUGGAUCCGUCCGGCGGCGACGUUCCGCCAGCGUCGCCAUUUUGUGAAAGUGCGUUUGCGGGGCAAGAUGCGCCUUCCGCGUCUGCGCCGGAGGGUAGGACUGCGUCGCACGCCACCGAUGACGACGGGCGCGGCCCGACUGGCGCGCUGGAUCCGGUGGCGCUCGCGGAGAAGGCGAAAGAGAUGCUCAAGGUCUCAGGUGUGUACUACGACAGUGCGCGGAUGAUUUGGCGGGCUUUCUGGCAUGAAGGAGGCCGGCGAGUUAUUCGUUACUUCACAGUCAACAAACACGGCUUCCACCGUGCCCACGAGCUCGCACUCCUCACGCGGCGUCAAGCGGCCAUGGCCAUGCAGCAGCGGCGGCGGCAGCUGACGGCCGGUUUGGUCCUCGCGGUCAACGGCGGGGCAAGCGCGGCAACAGCGCCCGGAACGGACUUCAAAGGGAGGCCAGAGGAGACAGCGGACGCGACAGGCGCGCCGGUGGACUGCCAGCAGGUGCCUCACGGGGUCCCUGGUGCCCCCGUCGUCUCUGAGUCGCCCGCAGCAGGGAACGCUUUGCCGAGCGCAGCAGGCCCUUCGGCGGAGGCGAUGGGGAGUCCGCAUGCCCUCAGCUGCACAUGCGGCCAGGUGGAUGGUCUACAUGCGCCGGGAUGUCAGCUGAUGGCGGCGGCGCGGGGGUCGGGGCUCCAGUGUGCAGCUACGACCGCCAACGCGGCGGCCUUCCUGUUUGCGACGCCGAACAACCCAGGCAUGUCGACGGUCCAGGGGGUUCCAGGGCCCCCUAUGUAUCCCGCCGCCCACCAGGGAGGAGCCUACUAUGGGCAGCAGCACGCAUCCGUGGGGAUGGCGGGUCUGCCCCCCCCGUCCACGCCGACAGCGCGGACGUCAGGAGGCUUUGAUCCGUCGCCCGCGGGCAGCACCACGCAAGCCUCCGGCGCGUCUGGUUCGUCCGCGUCUUCGUCGACGUCAGGCACGGCGGGGACGACCAGCAGCGGAGGCAGCGGCUGCCGCGUCGACUACUUGGAGAGGGUGGCACAGCUUCCGAAGGAAGAGCAGGUCGAGUGGAGUGAGGAGCUGAAGGCGUGGGUUGUGACGCCCUUCACGAAGGACGGGAACAUGGUGCUGCCGCUGGGAAAGGGCGCCGCCGCCCGCGCCGCCGACAAAGGCGAGGGCGGCGCGGGCCCCGGAGCCCGUCUUUCACGCAUGGCUGACGGGCGGGAAAUCCUCAAAAUGUUUACGAUUCGCAAGUAUGGCUUCCGCGUGGCCCGGGAGAGGGCGAUCGAGUGGCGCAACCGGCGCAGAGAGAAGGUUCGGGUGGAAGCCGAGCAACAGCAGAUGCUCCAGCUUAGACAGAGCAAGCAAGGCGGAGCCAAAGGCCGGGCAGCCACUGCGAGAGAAGCUGUUGCUUGCAGCGCCCUUGGGACCGGGGUCGGGAUCCCCGGGCUUGAACCGCCAACCCCGCCAGCAGCAGUGAACACAGCGCCAGGAGCGGGUGUCAAUGCAAUCGCCGGCAUCCAGGCCGACACCCGUCGCACAGCAAGCCCCAGUUUCUCGGCGUCCACGUGCUCAUCAAAUCCUAGCUCGCCACCGAACUCUUCGGGACCUCCGCACCAGCCGCUGAAUCCUCUGGUGGCUGCGGCAACUGGAACUUUCGGCGGCUGUGACUCGUCGGCAGGAUUGCCUUCGUCUCCAUUUAUGCAUCUGAACAUGCCUUCUACUUCGGCGGGCCAGACCCCAGUACCCCGAGACGCCUCGGCGCCUGCCGCUCCUGUUGUCCCGUCUGGAUAUAGCAACACGUUGUCUUCCCCCGUCCCCCAUCUCUCUCCUCAGAAUCCUCUUUUCUUUCCGCAGGGCCCAGGCGGAGGCGUCGGGGGGCUAGUGAACCCUCUGGGUCCCGUCCCUACAGGCCUUGGCCCGACGCCGACAGCGACGGCGUCAGGGGCCUUGGCUCCGGGGACGGGUUCGUUCCCGUCUCUUCCGGGCGCGGGUUGCGGGGCAGGGCCGUCGCCGUCUCCACCUUCCGCGCUGGGUGCUCUCUCUUCUCUUUUGUCGGCGACGCCUUCGGGAUUAGGUGUCUUCGCACAGAACAGCGAGGCACGAGGGAAUCUGACGCCGUCGUCUUCUUGUGGCGACCUUCUGCCCCCUGGGAUGAGCGACUCAUUAACCACCUUGGGCGAUCUUUUUGGUGCAAACAGCUGCAACUCCUCUCUCGGGAGUAUGUCUUCGAAUCUGGGAUUUGUGACCGCAAGCUCUGGGGCCUCGCCGUGCUCGAGGAACCGCGACGCUUCAUCGAGAGAUCCUGUGUCGGGCAACUGGCUCUUUCUCUCAGAUACGGCGGCAAACAGGAGCAGCCGGAGCGCCAGCGAAGAGGCGCGGCGUGGAGAGAAUCCAUCUGCUCUCGCCCAGUCUCCGUCUGACCUGUCGAGGGUCGGCGUCUCCACGGGCCCGCCGGAUCACCUUCCUGCGCCCCCACUUGGCUCCGAGUCUGCGUGCGCGUCUCCAGGCUCUCUGCCCUUCUUCCCGUCGCUGGCGUCUUCAACGCCCGUGGCGUCUUCCUCCUCGUACAGCAGUUCAGGUCCCUCCGUCACGGCUUCCUCGACGCCUUCGCAUUCCGUCACUGAGUCAUGCAGUGCCGCGCUCAGUGGUCAGGGCUCCUCGCCUGGCGAAGCGCCCGAGAAGAGGGACGAGGUCGUCGGCGGGCCAAGCAAACCACUCUCUCAGGGUUCACAGGGAUUCGGCGCGAGUGUUGCGCCGGAAACGUUUGGAGCGUGCCCUGCAGGCGAGCCGUUCCGCCCGGCUCUGUCGAGUGAGUCGUUUUUCCUCCCCUCGACAUCGAUGCCCCAGGCCGCGACGGCGGCGGCGACUGCAGCGGCCGCGGCUGCCGCGGCCGCUGCGCUCACCGGCCCGCCGCCGGCGCAGCUCCUCCUGCAGCAGCAGAGAGAGCAGCGAUCGAGACGCAAGCGAGAGGGGGGACUCAAGGGAGAAGAUGACGGAAAGAAGAAGGAGGGCGACGAGAGCGGCGUGAAUCUGAGCAGUGAAGAGGGUUGCAGCGUGGAAGCUGUGGGGGUGAUGAGGAAUGCGGUGUCUCACAUUUUGAGGAAUUUGCAGGAAGUCUGCAUCCCAGGACUUCUGUGCAGCUGCACACUCGAGUCCGAGAGCUUCAACUACCUCGCCACGCGCCUGGACGAGUGGACCAAGGCGGUGCACACCCACCGCCAGCUCUGCGCGUCUGUGCUCUCCAAUCCGAAUGGAGGCGGCGCCGGGAAGGAGGCAGUGGCCUCGCAGAAGCCGGAGGACGAGCAGGGCGGGAAGGGCGGGCCAAACGACGGGAGGGGAGAGGAAGCGACCUCGAAGAGCCCGAGGAAGGAGGAAGUGAGCACGGACCCCGCUACCGACCCUCAGGCGGCGACGAUGGUGCUUGCGCCCUACUUGAAGUUGUUCGCACAGUGCAUCCGCAAGAACCGACUUCCGAACGAAAUGGAAGCGGAGGUUCAAGUGCUGCUCUUGGAUGCGUUGGUCCACCUGGGGGCCCUCUCGGGGUUCGGGGCCCGGAAGCCCGCGUCGGCGGACCGGGCGGCGGGCGAGGAGCCCGGAGGGCAUGUGAAGAACGAGCCGUUGGGGGAGGCCGAGGCAGCGAAGAGCGACUGGAGUCAGCUGCCGUCAGCAGGGCGUUCCGGCGCUGAGGAGAUCGCACCCGGCAGCUCGCGUUUUGUAGCAGGGAUCAGUCAGGAUGAGGGGACCGAGGCGGCGAGGGUGCAGGCCGUGUCGUGCAGCGAACAGGAGAGUGCACGCGGAGAGGCGUCGAGCCCGCCGGUGGGGGGAGGAGGAGGAGGGGCGGAGGCGGGGAGAGAUGAUGCACGCGCUGGAGUAGGCGGGGUUGACAAACGGGGCGCUGAACCUACUGAACAAGAACGGAUGUUAAAGAAGGCUCGGGAAGGCGAAGCGUCUCUUUUUUGUAUGGGGCUUCACCACCCCGCAGUUACUCCGAUUUCUAUGGGUGGAGCAUCCCUCGCAGGUGUAGUGGUGCCGCCGCGUGAAGCCGGAAGGGGCAUGCCGGACUCAGAUGCCGGCAGCCACCUCUCUGCGAAUUAA